AUGUCGACUACCACCCCGGAGGAGAAGAAGGAGGAAACUACAGCAGAAAGGGGGCCGGACGCAUGGCAGAAGGUUGAGAAUCAAUUUACAAGCAAACGCAACUCCGAAUACUUUGACCCGUGUCAAGAGUUCGCCAGCAAAAGUAUCAGAUGCCUGCACCGGAACGGGGGCGAUAGGGAGAUGUGCACCGACUAUUUCCAAGCAUAUCGGGACUGCAAGAAAGAAUGGGCACUACGAGCAUAUGUGCUUGCAAAGCAACAAGACAUAGGUUCUACGAGACGAGGACGAGAUGAGAUUGUACAACUUUGCAAUCGUAGCCCUGCUAUCACAGACCUCGACACCAUCUACCAGAUCCAAAUUGCUUUGAACGACUUGGGGAUUGAGGACGAUGGAGGACGAAGACUCUGGGAAAGAGCUGCAGCUGCAAGACCAGAGGACAAAGAUAUUGCCAUAACUUGGCUCGACGAGGCCAUUAAUCGAUGCGACUGGCAAAGCGCUCAAAAGGCCACCAUGGCUCUUCGAAGGAGUUCGCCGAAAGAACGCAACUACGAGUUCUGGUCAAUUCUCAUGUGCUACUUGCUAUACCAAGAUCAGUCCGUCUCGGAGAAGGAGAAGAAUAUGUUCGGUGCUCUGGCCUACCGACUGCUCGCAAAAGCUGCUGAAGCCGUAGCACAAGAUAAGGAAGAAUUGCUGAGUGCUGGGAAGGCCAUAAAAAGCCCCGAAGAGCUCUCACUUCUGGUCCGAGUCUAUCUCAAUACUGGCCACGUCCGUGAAGCAAAAGACCUGUUAAUGGACAGCAAAACUCUGGGUCCACAAUCUGCCAUCUUCAAGCUCGACCACGAUCUUCACAGAUCAUUACAGCUGGAAGUGCUUCGAGCAUCAGAGGACUGGCCAGCGGUCCUAACCGAGCUCCGAUCGGCGGUGCAAGAGCCCUCUCCCGAGAAUGUUCAAACCAGCAGAAUGUUUGACAUCCUUUUGGAUGCUGGCGAGCAGAAAGACAAUCUCAACUUUUUGUCAGAAAUGCGGCAGAUUUUGAAUGAUGGUCUAAAUGUUCAUUCAGAUUCUCGAGAUCUCAAAUAUGGCAUGAUACGAUUGCUCCAGCUACAACAGGCACAGGAUCAUUGUACUGCCGAUGAACUCCUGGGCGCUUGCAAGCAAUAUUUUCUAUCGCGAUGCGAGCAGCUGUCCUGUUUCGAUGAGCUUCAAAGUCCCCUGGGAGUACUCGAAGCCAGAUAUCAGCAAGAACUCAUCGAUUAUGCAGGAGAUCAUAUGAAAACCAAUCUGGAGUUGGCGGCUGCCUCUAUCGUCCCACUUCUGAAUGUUCUGAAAUUGGAGUAUUGCUUCCUCAUAACACCGAACAUGACCGCCCAGCCCGCUCGUGACUUUGGUUGCAAAGUCGUAGGCGCCUAUCGAGACCUAUGCAUUACGAAGAGAGAUUCAGGCGAGCCAGGUGCUCAGUUGGCUAUGCUUGCUAGCAUGGCGUUGCUUCGAGGAAGCCAAGCAGUACAAGAGGGCAUAGUCGACUGCAACCUGCAAAAUGCUUCUCAUUUGCAAGCCGCCUUUCUACUACACUACUGUUUAAAAAGAUCGAGAGAUAGUUAUCCGACCCUAGUCGUGCUCACACGUUUGUCCACAUUGUUGGGAGCGAUCUCCAUUUCAGCUACCUGUUUCAAGAAACUAAGCAUAAAGAACCUGCAAUGGGAAAAUGCCGGGCAUCUCUUUCUUACCCGACUGUCUACCAUCCAUCCUCACCGAUCAAAGGAUAUGGAGGGGACCUUUGAUCCGCUUCAGUUGCUUGAUCUUGCAAUGGCCGCCAACGCCAAAUCUGUGAGGUCCGUCAGGAGGCUCAUCAUGGUUGGACUGAACAACAAGAGCUAUGUCAAUGUUAUGGAGACUAUCGCGUUGAGGGAUGAUCUGAAAAGAAGUUUCAGUAAACAGAUGUCUUGCAUAGAGAGUGCCCGUACCAAACGGCUGCGGGACAUUUUAGAUUCUGAGAAAGAGUCUGUAUUGUCGGGACUGUUCGUGGACCGUCGAGAUUUCAGCUUCAUUCCGUCUUUUGGACAUUCAAGUCGCAAGCCAUUCUCCCACUACCUGGAGACUGGGCCACGACCAAAGGACGGAUGGCUCUGCGUUAUGAAAAUCUGCGGCGCUAUCAUGGAUCUUUUAGAGGAGGCAUAUCACGAGCCUCAGACAAUCGCACCAGACAAUGUGCAAGAACUAGCCUCCGUCAUACCCAACAUCCCCAAACUACUGAAAGCAUUUUCUGCGCAGCUUACCAACAGCGAGAUCAGCAACUGCAAUUAUCAGUACCACCUAGGCAGGGCAUUGACGCUUCGUCUUCUCUACCACCAACAACAACCACCUCCCGCACCAGAGUCUCACAAAGCCGAGUUCGACAACGCCGUUGAGUCCAUCCAAGACUGGCUCAAUACUACAUCAGAAGAACUCAAAGAGCGUCCUUUCAAUCACAGUACCGUGAUCUCGAUGGUAGGAUCCCCCAUCGCACCAACGUGGGAAUACCUUCACUCGGCCUUCUCCACCCUCGAGUCCCUACAAGCAACAACCCUCUUUCUAGCAGGACAAGCCAAGGCCUCGAAGACGAAGUCGAAAGUCAAGAACCCGUUCACGCUUCCCGCUGACCAAGCAAAGGGAAUUCGGGAAUUGGUCGAGCAGGUCGAGAAGGACAUGCACCAUUCCGCGAGGACGAUGAAGGGAAAUCUGAAUGCUUCGGGGGUGCUGGGUGGGAUGGUUGAUGUGGUGUUUGGCAGAAGUGCGGAGAAUGAUGGUAGCACAGGUGGUAGCCAUGGUCAAGGUCAAGAAGAGGGGAAAAUAGGAGGAGGAGGGGGGGUCACCGCCUCAUUCGGAAAGCAGCUAGAGAAAUUGCCGGAUGCGGAAACGGUGGCGGAGGAGUUUUGCGGCGAGGUCAGGCAGAGCUGGGAGGAUGCGCUGGACGGGGUGCUGAGUGUUAGGGUGAAGAGGUAUAAAUGA